AUGGCCCCGGCCAUGGCCAAUAUUGGCGACCAUCACAAGACGAAGCCCAGCGCCUUGCGCUCCAUCAUCGCUGGGUCUACGGCUGGAGCUGUCGAAAUCGCGAUAACUUUCCCUUUCGAUUUCCUUAAAACAAGGAACCAGCUCAACUUACGACUUCCCGACUCCAAGAAAGUACCUCUCCCUCCAUUUCCCUCCAAAGCCUGGUAUACAGGAUGCACCACCGCCGUCAUAGGAAACUCUGCCAAAGCAGGUGUGCGCUUUCUCGCUUUCGACUCCUACAAACACCUUCUAUCGGAUGCAGAUGGACAAAUAUCUGGUCCUAGGACAGUCCUCGCUGGCUUCGGUGCUGGUAUUACCGAAUCUCUACUCGCUGUGACGCCGUCAGAGUCGGUCAAGACACAACUUAUAGAUGAUCGAAAGAGGCUACAACCCAGGAUGCGAGGUUUCAUCCAUGGUUCAGCUCUUAUUGCAAGAGAAAAAGGCAUAAAAGGUUUCUUUCAAGGCUUUGUCCCGACCACUGCAAGACAAGCCGCAAAUAGUGCUGUGCGCUUCAGCACGUAUACCAGCCUGAAGCAGUUUGCCGAAGGUUAUGUUGCUCCCGGAGAGAAAUUGGGUUCCCUCACAACUUUUGGCCUCGGAGCGGCCGCCGGCGUUGUUACAGUCUACACCACCAUGCCCCUGGAUACUAUCAAGACACGAAUGCAGAGUUUGGAGGCCAGCAAGAACUACAAAAACAGUUUCGAUUGUGCCGCCAGCAUCUUCAAGAAUGAAGGAAUUCUGACUUUUUGGUCUGGCGCCUUACCACGCCUUGGCCGUCUCACCAUGAGCGGUGGGAUCGUCUUCACGAUGUAA